AUGUUACCCGUAGAAUUAGUGACUGCACUAACCAAGGUAGCCCAAGCAUUACAAGCCCAAACACAAUUAGCACAGAUUCAGACUGUUCAAACCCAUAAUUAUGGACAAGAGGAAACUCAAUCAUAUUAUGAGAAGAUGAAAAUGGUUUAUGUCCCUACCUUUGAUGGAACUCCUGACCCAGAUUUGACAGAAAAGUGGUUAGACGAAAUAGAAAAUAAUUUUGCACUUUUGCAAGUGGCGGAGGAGAUGAAACACCUAAUCAUCAAACCCUUUUUGGUAGGAGAAGCCAAUAAGUGGUGGGCAACUCUAGAGCCUACCGUCGCCCCACCAGUAAGUUGGACAAAAUUUAGAGAAGAAUUCUUGAAAUAUUUUUUCCCACCUACCAUGAGAAUGCAGAAAAUAGAUCAAUUUGAAAAUUUGAAACAAACAUUAUGGAUAUCUGUGGUGCGGUAUUUGAAUAAGUUCACGGUGCUAGAAAGGUUUGUGUCGUCGACAAUGGCGGAUGUUGAGUUGAAGAAAUAUAAGUUUAUACGGGGAUUGUCGAAUAGGAUUCAAAUUAGGGUGAACACCGCUUACACCUCUACGUUUAAUGACGUGUUAGACGCCAGCGUUAAAGCUGAAGCUGAUUGCAAGAGAUUAGAUAAAGAUGGUAGGAAUAAAAUGGCUAAACUAGAAAAUGAACUUGCAAUGUCAGGAGCACUAAAAUCCGGAGGAAGGUUCCGCUUAAUUAAGAAAAGUCGUGGGUCACCACUGAAGAUAACUGGACUAAAUACCUUCCCUGUGUGCAAAACUUGCGGGAAGAUCCAUCGGGGAAAAUGUCGACUUAAGACGACUUUCCCUCCGUGCAAAACUUAUGGGAAGAUACAUCGAGGGGAAUGCCGAAUUGGAACAGGAGCUUGUUUUGAAUGUGGACAGCAGGGGCAUAGGGUUAUGAAUUGUCCAAAUAGAAAGGUGGAAGGAGAUAAGAGUGGCAAUCUCACUGAUAAGAAGCCAAAGGUUAACGCGAGGGUGCGUGCCAUGACUGACGUUGAGGCGGAGGUGUCAGGCGACGUGGUCACAGGUCCUCUUCUAAUUAAUUCUGUGCCUGCAUACGUGCUAUUUGAUUGUGGAACUAGUCAUUCUUUUGUUGCUAAAAAAUUUGCAAAUUACUUAUGCAUAUUUCAUGAAUGGAUGGAUCAUUCCUACCGUGUGGCUGCUCCAAAAAAUAGAAUCCUAGUGUCUCAUACUAGAUAUCCAAAUUGUAGUAUGGAAUUGGAGGAUAGGAGAUUACGAGUGGAUCUAGUACAAAUAAAUAUGAGUGAUUUUGAUGUUAUCAUAGGAAUGGAUAGACUAACUAGACAUUUUGCACAAAUCGAUUGUAGGAAGAAGAGGGUAUUAUUCAUAAAAUCGGACGAGAAGGAUUUCUCAUACCAAGGAAAUGUUAGGAAUAGGAAAAUUCAUAAGUUACCUUUUCUAUUUGCCAUGCAGACGUAUAGGGCAAUAAGAAAAGGAUGUGAGGUAUAUUUGGCUUAUGUUGUAGAUAUGGAGAAAGAGGAGACGCCUUUAGAAAAGAUUCCAGUGGUGAAGGACUUUCCUGACGUAUUUCCGGAAGACCUUCCCAGUCUAUCUUCGGAUUGGGAAAUAGAGUUUGAAAUAAAUAUUAUACCUGAGGCGAAUCCCAUAUCUAAAGCACCCUAUAGAAUGACGCCUGCAGAGUCAAAGGAAUUCAAGGAGCAAUUACAGGAAUUAUUGGAUAAGAAAUUCAUUAGAUCUCAUGUUUCUCUUUGGGGUGUGCCAGUACUAUUUGUAAAGAAGAAAGAUGGUAGUUUGAGAUUGUGUAUCGAUUAUAGGGAGCUGAAUAGGACCACAAUAAAGAACAAGUACCUCUUUCCAAGGAUAGAUGAUCUUUUUGAUCAAUUGAAGGGAGUUAAAGUAUUUUCUAAGAUAAAUUUGAGAUCGGGAUAUCAUCAAUUGAAGAUUAAAGUCAAUGACAUCCAGAAAAGUGCAUUUCAUAAGAGGUACGGGCACUAUAAAUUUUUUAUAAUGCCUUUUGGAUUGACCAAUGCUCCAGCAGCCUUUAUGGAUUUUGAUGAAUCGGGGUGCGUUUUGAUGCAAAAUGGGAGAGUGAUUGUUUAUGCUUUCCGCCAACUGAAACCUUACAAGCAGAAUUAUCGAACGCAUGAUUUGGAAUUGGCAGCAGUGGUAUUUGCAUUGAAAAUAUGGAGGCAUUACUUAUAUGAUGUGCAAUGUGAGAUUUUUACCGAUCACAAGAGUCUCAAGUAUCUAUUCACUCAAAGGGAAUUGAACAUGAGACAAAAGAGGUGA